CCUGAACGUCUCGCAGUCUGGCAGGUAACGAAACCAGUGAUCCGGUUCACUCGUGCGGGGAGAGCUACCGGCAAACACAUGGAGCAGCUGGUACACGUUCACUUCUGAGGAGGAGGCGAGAGAAGAGGUUCCAAGAUGAUUCCAGUUAACGAGUUCCGGAAUAUUGCCUCGGAACCCAACCCCCGGUUCCGGAUUCUAAAGCCUUGGUGGGACGUCUUCUCUGAGUACCUGUGCAUAGCCAUGCUAAUGAUCGGCGUGUUCGGGUGCACCGUGCAGCUGACUCAGGAAAAGAUCUCCUGUCUCCCUGAUCGUAUCAGCGAGACAUCAGACAUAGACAUGGACUGUAACCAUCUCCAACAGCCCAGAGAAAACAAGAGCUUCUGGGAGCAUGUCAUUACUAAGCAAAUAGCCCCCAACAUCAUGGAGAUUUUUGGCCGCAAGAAUGACCUGGACAUCCACCAGUACAUCUUCAUCAACAGCUUCUGCUACGAACGGGCUGUGCACUGGUACGCCAAGUAUUUCCCCUACCUGGUGGUCAUACAUACCAUGAUCUUCAUGGUGGCCAGCAGCUUCUGGUUCAAAUUUCCUGGGACAUCGUCCAAGAUUGAGCUGUUUGUGACAAUCCUGGCCAAGUGUUUUGACUCACCCUGGACUACACGAGCGAUUAGUGAGGUGUCUGAAGAGAGAGAAGAUGAGCGGACAGUCAUGUGGAAAAAGAAUGCCAGUGUGAAACCAUCAGCAGUGGAAAGUCCUGAUGGGGAAAAUGAAGGGACUGUUUUUGUCCGGUCCACAUCUGUUGUGUCCAACUCAGAGAAGGAUGAGACAGAGCGUGCCACAUCUGUUUUGGACAAGAAGGAAGGUGAACAAGCCAAGGCUCUAUUUGAGAAGGUAAGGAAGUUUCGGACACAUGUAGAAGAGGCAGACCUCCUGUACCUCAUGUAUGUUCUGCAAACGUCACUCAAAGUCUUAAAAUUCGCCAUUAUUACCAUGUACAGUGUUGCCUUGGUGCCGAACAUCGAGAUUGUGGUCACCUGUGUAGUUCCGCCAGACCUGACUGGGUUUAACUUGUUCUGCUGCAAUCAUAACAAAGCACACCUCUUCUGUAAACUGGCUUACUGUUACAUAUGUUUUGUUGGCGUGUAUGGACUUCUGUGCAUCUAUUCCCUUUACUGGUUGUUCCAUCGGCCGUUGAAAAAGUAUUCCUUUGAGCAGGUGCGUCUGGAGACAGGGAUCAACGACAUCCCAGACGUCAAAAAUGACUUUGCUUUUCUGUUUCACCUCAGCGAUCAGUACGACCCUCUCUACGCUAAGCGCUUUGCUGUGUUUCUCUCUGAGGUGAGCGAGAGCAGGUUGGGUCAGGUCAACCUUAACCACGAGUGGCCCAUCAAAAAACUUCGCACACGACUGUCCCGGAAUGCAAGCAACCGCUUGGAGCUGCACUUGUUCAUGUUGCCAGGGCUACCGGACACUGUGUUUGAACUACCGGAAGUAGAAUCUCUGAAACUGGAAAUGAUAAGCAAUAUGACGAUCCCUGGAACAGUGACCCAACUUACAGCCUUGCAGGAACUCUCCCUCGUCCAUUGUCCUGCCAAACUUCACCUACCAGCCCUCACUCACUUGCGGGAAAACUUGAAGGUCCUCCGCCUCAACUUUGAAAGCCUAGAGCAAGUACCCAUGUGGAUGUACACCUUACAAAACCUGGAGGAACUCCAUAUAAGUGGUCCACUGUCCAACGAGCUGUCCCGCAGCACCAACUUAGACACCUUGCGUGAGCUCAAGAAGCUAAGAGUAUUGACUUUGUGCAGCAAACUGACCAAAAUCCCUUCUGCAGUGGCGGACGUGGCCGGCGAGCUGCUGAGGCUGUGCGUGCACAAUGAGGGAACCCGGCUGCAAGCCUUUAGCAACCUGAAGAAGUUGGUGAACCUAGCCACCCUGGAACUGACAGCGUGCGAGCUGGAACGCCUGCCUAGCGCCGUCUUCAGCCUAGCCAGUCUGCAGGAGCUAGACCUGAGAGAGAAUAGGCUGACCAUGGUGGAGGAGAUCCUGAGCCUGCAGCACUGCCGGCGACUAAACACGCUCAAACUGUGGCACAACUCCAUCACUUCUAUCCCCGAACAUAUCAGCAAACUGCGCUCACUGGAGACACUCAACCUGAGCUGGAACAAAAUCUGGAAGCUGCCUCCAAGGCUUUGCUACUGCACCAAACUUCGGCACCUUGACCUCUCUCACAACCAGCUAAAGUCUCUGCCCCCUGAAAUUGGGAUCCUACAGAGUCUUUGGCACUUUUCCGCAGCCUACAACUCCUUGGAAGCGCUACCAGAUGAGCUGUUCUCCUGUAAAAGGCUGAGGACUUUGGCACUGGGAAAUAACAGUAUUGCAUUUCUGUCCCCGAGAGUUGGGAACUUGGCUCAUCUGAUUUGUUUGGAGCUGAAAGGAAACAGGUUGGAGUCUUUGCCUGUGGAAAUAGCCGAAUGCAGCCUGCUGAAGUUGUCCGGGCUGCUUGUGGAGGACAGCCUGCUUGACUUGUUGCCUUCUGAGAUCAAACGCAGAAUGAAUGAAAGAUGAUCUGAUUCAUAUUUGGAGUAGUAGAAACCCACCAACCUGAUGAAUGUAGCUCACCUUGGGUUGAUUAAUUGCAAGGGCAUACUUGGAGGAGGGCGAAUUAUGUUGACUUGGGCUAAUUACUUGCAAAGUUAAUUUUAUGUGUAAAAAUGGCUUAAAUAAUUGAAUGUGGAAAAAUUAUUAUUAUUAUUACAUUAUUUAUUUUACUCUCUGAUUGGGCUUGGUGCACUGCAGCCAGCCCUGGCUUGAGCACAAGCAUUUAGAUACUCAUUUAAGAUGAGCAAUCAUCAGUAUUGAAUGAUAUUCAUUUUAAUUAUUGCAUUAAGUGCCUUAGAUUUGGAAACUUUUGUACCUUUCUUGCAAUAAAGGAUGUAUUAUCGUUGUA